AUGGAUCAACUCCCAGUUCCUCUUAAAAGAAAAAUUCGGAGAUGGCCAGUGUGUGUGCGAGUAUUCAUUUACAGUGGAUUAAUAUUAACAAGCAUCCUAACUAUACCGAAAUUAUUUCAAACGAAUGUACAGGUACCAGAAGACGUUUAUAAUGUUGACGUCUUUCUUGAAACAAAAGCUCGUCAUUCGGUUUCUAGGUCACCAAUCAAUUGUAGAAACGAAUCUGCAUUAUUUCUUUUUAUAGCCGUUCCUAGUCAUGCUGCCAAUUUUGAACAACGAUUUGCAAUUAGAUAUUCCUGGGGAAGUGUGGCUAAAUCGGACCCAGGCCUUAAACUGGCUUUCUUUGUUGGAAUAUCCGAAGAUAGACGCAUUAAUGACGUUUUGUCUAAGGAAAAGGAAAUUUAUAAUGACAUCAUUGAAGUUAAAAUUGAGGACAAAUAUGAAAUGUUGGCAAAAAAGUCGAUAAGCAUAAUUGAGUGGAUCCAUAACAAUUGUAAUCAUGCGAAGUAUUAUCUGAAAAUAGACGACGAUAUGUUCCUAAAUAUCAGAAAUCUGAUAGACGAUCUCCAACUAAGGCAACGAACUAAUUCCAUUAUUGGAUGUAAAGUGAAAGAUACAUCUCCUUUCAGGUUUCCAUUUUCAAAAUGGUACUUGUCACGUGAUCAGUAUAGUGCUGACACAUUUCCAGAUUACAUCAGCGGGCCAGCUUACGUCAUCACCGGUGAUAUUCUGUCGAAACUUUACUUUGCUACAAAAAGUGUGAAAUAUAUUUUCUUGGAGGAUGUUUUUAUAAAUGGAAUCUGUAGGAGAUACAUUGAUGCUGAAGCCGAGGGGCACCCUGGCUUCAGUUGUGGUUACAGAGACCAAGGGCCGUGUGGGACACACUUCAAAAACAAAAUUACAGGGCAUCAUUAUUACCCCAAAGAAAUAGAGAGAAUGUGGAACGAGUUGAAUGAUAAACGAUUCAUUUGUCCUCUGAAGCAUUCGUAUUGGAUUUCAAGAAUCGUUGAUUUCUUUCAUCUUUGAUCUGCAUAAUUUACAAUAAAUAGAUAAAUGAAAUAUGUUAUAUUAGACCUCUUUAUUUUUCUAGCUUCCUGAAUUUCAAAAGUAUUAGUCAAAUAGUUAUGACCGCAAUAUGUAAAAUUCACUGUCACAUCAUUCUAGUAUGCAAUUUUUACGAGAUUGUCACUGAUUGACCAAGCUAUAUCCAUUACUGAAUGGGGAUAUGAAAUGAUUUUUAAAUUUUUUUU